AUGUCAAAUGAAACAGCGUCUAUGAGAGAAAUACAACACAACCGACAACUCAUUAUACAAGCUCUAAAUAAGAACACAACAAACUUUUCAAACUAUUCUAAGAUAUCUGAGUCAUUGAAAGAAGGAAACUUAAAACUGACAUUAAACCCAAUGACAGAUGAGUUUCUGUUUCAAGACAAUAAGAACCAUACUGUCUGUAUAAAUCCAACAAAAGGAACUUUAAACGAGAAACCUAUAUCUGAACUUCUUUUGAAGGCAGAUAUUGACAACAAAGCUGACAAAGAGUAUGUAGAUGCAACAAGAGACUAUAUUCUCGCAUGGACAGAUAGAACAUACCCACAAAAACACCAUACACAUAACAUCUAUGACGUAGAUGAACUACCAGCAAUGUUAGAUGACAAAGCGGAUAAAACAUAUGUUGACAAUAAAAUGUCAAGUGAAGUGACAAGAGCUGACAAAGAAUAUUCUAAAAAGACUCAUACACACGAUUUCUUCGCAACUGUUGGUAUAGAAAAUAUUGCAGGAACGGUUGAAGAACCUGAUGGAACUGGUGGGGAUGCAUUGUAUUGGAAACCUCCUAACUUUCCACAAGGUUUAACAUCGGAGGAUGACAUAACGACGAUGAAAUACACUAGAUGUAGAAAUGUCUAUGUCAUGGAGGAUGAAAACAAAGUUAAAUUCACUGCUCAAGAUUUAUAUGACAACAAAGCUGACAAAACAUAUGUUAACGAUGAGUUAGAUAAAAAAGCUGACAAAACAUAUGUUAACGAUGAGUUAUAUAAGAAAGCAGACAAAACAGAGCUUCAAACGUUAAAGACAGAAAUACUUCAAACACUAUAUCCUAUAGGUUCUAUUUACACGUCAAUGAACUCUACCAGACCAGAAGUAGUACUUGGUCUCGGAACUUGGACUCAAAUAGUCGACAGGUUUUUGUAUUGUGCAAACUCUUCAAAGGAAACAGGUGGAAGUAAAACGAUUUCAGGUGAAAACUUACCUGCGCACAGUCACUACAUAGAUUUAAGUACAUCUCAAGCAGGUUGGCAUAAGCAUAAAUUUUGGGAUUGGCACGCCUUGAAAAAAGGUAAAGGAUAUGAUGUUAAAGACAACGUUCAGUUUGCUAUAAAUUGUUUCUGGGGUAACACACAGGGAGAAGGAAACCAUACACAUCGCGUUUCAGGGUAUACGCAAACAACAGGACAAAGUAAAGACUACAUGCCACCUUACAUGACAGUUUACGCAUGGUAUAGAAAUGCUUAG